UCUAUACAUUGAUUCCUCCAACACAGUUUUUCUCUCUACCCAACCACUUCAAUUACGCAUGUGCAGUCACUCAGAACAUCUCCAGCACAUCUCAAACACAAUAAAGCAAUAUAUAGCAGAAAUAUAAUAUAAAUACACAGAGUACCCUCCUUUCCUCGGUCUUCUUUCAAACCAUCUUCUUCACCUCGAGCCAUGGGAUAUAUUAUCGACUGUACACGCUAAAAGGUAUAUAUAUAUAUAUAAUAUAUUAACAAUGAGCACAUCUACAGAGUCUAGGGGUGCUUUUUCGGACGUGGAUACCUUUUACCAGGCCGUUAAAAGAACACAGCAAAACAUCGAAGAUGUCCCGUUUUGUCACAACUAUAUUGGAACUCAGCAAUCUUUAGGUCAUCUUCGAGACAUUGAUGGACAUAUCAUAGAAUUCAAAGAAAAACUAGAUGAACUAAAAAAGGAUAAGAAUGAAGAUGUCAAAGAAUCAUUAUCUUUCGAACAUUUGGUACUUGAAGACUAUGCAUUGCAAAAGCAGCGCUGUUUGGAAGAAUCUCUUUAUGUGUCGGAUAUUGAAAAUAUGCUUCAGACGUUUGAAACUGAAAUGUCGUCCAGAGCAUGUUACUUAAUUAAACGCCCAAAGGUUUUUGAAAGUGUUUACCGAGGUGAAGACAUAGAAGUGGCCUCUCGACUUCACAAGGACAGUGUGUACGCCGUACGCAAUGCUUGGUCCUGGGCCAUGCAAGUGGAAUGUUGCUUACAAAUUCACAUCAAGAAUGCUGCUGUCUACCACCAGUAUUUCUACGAUGUCCAACAUCUUCUGGAAGACAUGAAUGGAUUCCUGUCUUGGUUGAACUGUGUGAAGAUGAAACGGAAACUGGAAAUUGGUGACCCAGAUGUUAUGGGGUCACACAUCAGGAAUGUUCUAAACCAUUUACUGGAUUACCAGCUACGAACCGAGAAGUUGUUUGAACAAAGUCGUCAAGUGUACCCAGUAAAUGCUCGCACCGAACCCCUAAAACAUGCUGUGAAAGCCAAAGUUCUACUGUGUUACCAACAUGAAGAUAUUUUAAUUGUAAAAGGUGAAACUUGUAUCCUGCUUGAAAAUUCCGAUCCAGCCAAAUGGAAAAUAAGAAAUUGUCGUGGCAAAGAAGGUGAAGUUCCUGCAAUUCUUUUAGUCAUUCCACCUCCUCAUUCUGAAGCCUGCAAUGAAGCCUCAAGGCUUCGUCAACAAAUGGUUGUUCUAUGGAGAGCUGCUCAGCCUUUACUCAGACAACACAUAAUGACAUUCCUCAGUAAAAUUGCGAAAGACACUCAAACCAAGCAGCUCCAAACCUUUAGUGCCUCCCAAAAAGCUAAUACAAUGAAACUACUAAACGAAGCCAUCCAAAUUUUUCAUGGUUCUUCCUUUGACCAAGAUUACAAGAACUUCCAGAAACACAUCGCUGGUAUCAGAAGAGUUCUCACUCAGACACGCACAAACAAAGAUCAAGCCGACUCAAGCUCAGAAGCCAGCCGCACUUGGUAUAAAGCUGAACGAGUAGUUAUGAUGUACAAGAACUUGAAGUUGUACAGUAGCAACUACGAAGAAACAGUCAAGUCCUCAACAGAACAGCAACAGGUCAUGCUACAGCUAACGAACCCUCCACUUACCUACACAUCUAAAGCAUAUUUCGAGAAAGCAAAACCCAUAGAAAUCAACCAAGACACGAGUAAAUCUUCAAAUUUUACAGUAAAGGCUGAGAUCUACAUCUCAGAACGCUUCUCCUCCAGCAAACAGACGAAUGACAGAAUUGACAAACUGAAAUCAGGGAAUGGGAGUUUGACGAAGGCAUACGACGAUGACGUCGAUGGAUGUCAGCUGACAGCAACUAAGAACAAAGAAAACCACCAAAUGAAACCUUUUGCCAUCACUGGAGUCCUUGACCAUCAGAAUCGACCCAUAAGUCUUCUUAAAGCUUUUACAGAAGGCAUUUUGGAUCAAGUCCGUGGUACGUACACCAACCCCAAAACGGGGGCAGUCAUAUCCAUUCCUGAAGCAAUAAGUCGAGGUCUUAUUGUUGUUAAUUACAAAGACGAACUUGGUGACAGUAAAGAGAAAGCUCAGUCAAAUGGCAUUGGUACACCUGCAAAUCAUAUCGACAGCAGUUCAAUCCUUGCAUCAGGGAUUGUCGAUCCUCGAACUGGUGAAGUGAUGAGCAUAAAGCAAGCAAUUGCAUCUGGCAUUUUGAACAUGACAUCAGGUAAAUACAUAAAUCCAAUCACCAAGGAAGAAAUGCCUCUUCUGGAAGCAGUUAAGACCGGAUAUGUCCAGAUCAAUCCGAGCGUUAUCGAGGCUUUGUCAGAGCCAGGAGUUUACACCCAGUUUCAGCUUGGAGAUGUCACAUAUGUUGUAGACAACAUCGUUGAUCCUUCAACCAAGGCCAACAUAUCAUUGAAGAGAGCCAUCAGUGAUAACAUCAUUGACUUGAACACAGGAACUUAUCGUAACCCUGUGGACGGUGAAAGUAUACCAGUGUCGGAAGCCGUUUCCAAAGGCUUAAUUGCUAUCCAUCCAUUGAACCCUAACAUCGACAAAAACAACAACAACACAAUUUGUGUCAAAGAACUGCGAGUGAAACAAGAGCGAUAUAUUGCAGCUCACACAGAGGCUGUGCUUUUAAAUUGUGAUAAUGUAGAUUCUUCACGUCCUGAUCCAAACGUUGCUAUAUAUGAAAAACUCAGUAAAAAAGUUGAUCUCAAUUUGAAAGGAAUCAAAGAUCCAAACACAUCAAAGUCUUUAACAAUCGAUGAAGCUUACCAAAAAGGCGUCUUGAACUUUGCAAAAAUAUCAUAUGAUCAAAUGGACGGAGAACUGAUACCGUUGCCUGAGGCCACAGCCAAAGGCGUUGUAGAAUCUAACGUUCUGAAAGAGAUUCUCUCUGCGUAUGAAGAAUCCAGCGUUGGAGUGCUCAUCGACAAAGGAGUAUUUGAUUCCGAAACAGGUUUGGUAACUGAUGUCAGUAAUGGACAAACUGUAUCCAUUCAUACUGCAGUUCAACAGGAAAUUAUUCAUCCAGAAAUGACAUAUUUUUAUGAAGUGCCUUCCAAUCAGAUACUGAGUCUGUCAGGAGCGAUCGAAAAUGGCCGAUACGAUAUAAUCACAGGUAAAUACGUGAAAGCCCACACGCACGAAGAAAUGGAUUUGAAGAAAGCCGCAGAGAAAGGGUUAAUACGAACGCACAUUGAUCCCGAAGAAAUUUCCAAAGUCUGUGAGUCGUUGAACCAUCUUCGACAUUACAUGAACACCGAUAUAAAAGGAGUGGUGAUGCCAAACUCCAACGAAGUGGUCAGCAUUGAUGAAGCUGUCCGAGCUGGAGUGCUUGAUUUGACGAAAUGUCUUUAUGUCAACGAGACUCUUGGAGAGAAGAUGCCAUUAAUCAAAGCUGUAAAAUCAGAGAAAAUCGAGGUGCCAGUAGCUCUUCAGUUGUUCAGUGCCUUAAAUAAAAUGUCUCUGUUCCAGCAGUUAAUGGACAAUAAAAUCCAUCCAGUCACCGGUUUGGUCAGUUUGCCAAACUCUGCUACCACUCUAACGAUCAAACAAGCUACAGAAGCCGGCUAUCUUCAACCUGAUCAUCUAUACUUUAUUGAUCAGACCUCUGGUGAAAUUGCUACGGUGGCAUCGUACACAGAUGAAGGAAAGUUCAAUCCUGAGAAUGGCACAUUCUUGAACAACCAAACUGGCAAGUUUUGCACAAUAUCACAGGCUAUUGAAGAAGGACUUAUUGAUGCUUCCGUCGCACCUGAAAAAUACAUCGAAAAUGCCCCGACGCUUCGAGAGUUGAUUGACAAGCGUAAAAUAAACCCAAGGAAUUCCGUUUUCGUUGCACCGGAAGGUCAAGAAAUCCCGUUGAGAAAUGCGAUGGCUGAUGGUUUCCUCACGAUGAAUUCCAAAGUGAGGAUAGAUCAGAAAAAUGGCUGUGUGACAUUGGCAUCAAACGAAGAGGUUGUGAAGGCGUUGGUCCGCGUCAAAGAAAAGGCUGCAUGGCUGUCGGAAGUGGAAAAAUUGUUGGUUUCUCAAACAAAACCGAGCGAAAAUCUGGAACAUUUGAAGAAGCAACAAAUUGAAACGAAGACUAUUCACCAAGAUCUUGAGAGAGAACAGCCAGUUGUGAAGUCGACCCUCGCCGAGGCCGAGGAAAUACUAGAAGCCAGGGAGAUCUCGAAGAAGGCCGAGAAGGAUCAGCAAUACCAAAAACUGCGUUACAAUACAUCGGAUUUAAAGUUCCGCUUCGGAGCCGCCUCCAAUGAAGCCGAGACGAGGACGAAGAAAUUCGAUGAUCUUUAUGAAGAUCUCGAAGACUUUUACAAUAUUGUCGAAGACCUUGACCAAUGGAUGGACACAGCUGUUGAGAAGGGACACGGUAUUAAGGUCUCCCAGCAAGAUCUCGAAGUCCAAUACGGGAUGCUCAAGAAAUAUGUCGAAGAGCUGAAAGCAAAAGAAGGUGAUAUUUCAGCUUUGGUUAAACUUGCUGACAAAUUCCGUGAUGACACCCAGGAAUUUAUGAAUGGAGUUGACCGGUACCGUAAAUGUGUCCACAUUCUUCCAACCAUCAAAGAAGAAACAGAAGAAUCGGCAAUGAUUGAUGAUGAAAUCGAGGCCCUGGAGGGCAAAUAUCGAUCGAUUGUGCAAGAAUCCGAACGUUAUUUGGCAAAGUUGGCCUUCGCCCUAAAACAUGACAAAAGCUUCCAAGAACUUUCCAACAAACUCAAUUCCAAUUAUUCUGAUAUAAAAGCCAAGUUUGAUGGAAUCACAGAUGGUUCUGAUGCCACGAGGGAUUCCAGUGAAGCGUACCAACUUGAAAAGGUGAAGCAGUUGAAAGUUAAUGUUUUGAAUCAAGAGAAGCGAAUACGAGACUUACAGCAUGUCGGUACUAAGUUGGUCGACGAACUGAAUGAGCUGAACAUGACACCAAAAGCCAACAGUGUGAAAGAUGUGAUGGAGGAUAAGAAAGCCGUUCACAAAGAUCUUUACCAUGCCAUCGAGAAUAAAGAAGGAGUCUUGAAUUCAGUAUUGUCUGAAUCUAAGAAUGUGAUAAAGCAGCUAGAUAAUCUUGGAGUACAGUUGUCUUCAAUUGAAGAUGAACUCAUGAGGAAUUCAGAAAUCUGUCUCGAGAAGCAAGGUUUGGAAGAACAGAUCCACGAACAGAGAAGGAUUCAAGCGGAUCUGAGCACCAACAAAACCUUAUUAGAGAAUCUGUUGAAGGAAUCCUCAGAUGUGAAUGGUGCCAGAGAAAAAAUCUUGGACUUGAACGAACGUAUUGCAAACGUAGAGACAUUGUCAGAGAGACGGAUUUCUGAUCUGGAGGAGGUGAUGGGUAACAUCGAAGAUUUGGAAGACAAAAUCGGAGUGAUGAAAUCUUGGUUGACGUCUUCGAUUGGCAUGAUUCAGCAGAAUGGUGAAGGACCAUCGCAGAACUUACAUAUGUUUAAAUCGAAAAUAGACGCUUUGUAUGCUGAGAAGAAAUCUAAAGAACCCGAUAUAAAUGACAUCAAGGACUUGGUAAAGCACAUUGCUGGAAAGGAGAACGUGUCCAACGGAUGCCAUUUGAAAGAAGCUGCUGCUGAUGUGCAAGAAGAAUGGCAUCAACUGACAGAAUUAUUGGUCCAGAAAGUUUCAGUCGAGGCUUUGACCGAAAUUGAAAGUAUGUUGAAAUACAUGGAUAAAGCUGAGAAUGAGAUCAAUACAGCUGAGUCUGUGAGUUCUGAUCCUGACACACUCACUGUUCAACUGAGGGACCACCAGGUGUUCCAUGACGAUCUUAACAUGAAGAGAAACUGUGUGAAAGACAUAAUCAACAAAUGUAAUCUCAUGUUGCGAGAGACGACCAACACGCAAACGGAAGCAAUUAAAUCCCGGCUGGACAGCAUCCAGACCCAAGCAGAUAUUGUUUGUCAGCUUAGUUUGGAUCGUUUGCAACACCUGGAAAGUGCCUUGCCCCUAGCGUCCCAUUUUAGCGAGAACCAGGCGGAAAUAUCUGCUUGGCUUGAAGAAAUGGAAGCAGAGCUUAAAACUCAAAACACAUCUGGUGAAAACUUGGAUCAAGUGAAAAAGCAGCUGGAUAAUUUGAAGGUUACUCAGAAGAUCAUUGAGGAUCACAAGCCAUUUGUUGAAGACUUGAAGGAUACAGGCAUGGAACUAAUGGAAUUCUGUGGAGACGAUGAUUCUGAUGACCUCCAAAAUAAGUUGCUAAGCAUUAUUACAAAAUACGACAAUUUGAAGUUACAAGCUCGACAAAAAGCCCAGAAACUUAUGGAACAACGAAAAGCCAUGACACAAGAGGUUUCUGAUACUCUCGAAAACCUUCUUGAAGAUUUAGCUGAAAUGGACCAGACCAUCAAUAAUGUUGACCCAAUUCCAGCAACUCCAGACAAAUUAUAUGAAGAAAUCGAAGACAAUAAAAUGAUCAUGGAACGUCUACAGAAACACCAAUCUAAUGUCGAAAAUGCCCAACAGUCUGUCGUCCGACUCAUCAACCAAGGAGUGGAAGACCAAGCAGAAAUUGAAGAAAUGAAUGCCAAAGUUGGUGAAAUAGUAAGACUGGCACAAAGUGUGUCUUCUGCGGCACUGGAACGAGACCGACAGCUAAACCAAGUGGUUCAGGUGUCCUCAAAGUUCUACGAUAAGUGCAACGAGGUGAAGACAACGAUAAAAGACCUGCGAGACAAUCUAUAUUCUCAAGAGCCACCUGGAAUUGAUCCCCCGACCAUAAAAGAACAACAGAAGGAAUUACUGGACAUUCGUCAGACCCAAGAAAAUACUGUGAUACAGACUGCAGAAUGCCGGAAAGUUGGCAGCAAGUUGUCGUCGAUGUGCGGAGAUCCUGGUAAAAUUGAAGUCCAGAAACAGUUGGAAGACAUUGAUAAUGUGGCCGAAGACUUGAAUGAUGUCGCUUAUGAACGAGAAGAAGAACUGAAUGCAGCUCUUGGCUACGCACAGAAAUUUCAAGUAACAAUUGAUGCAAUCAGAAGCUGGCUUCCAGUAUCACAAAAGAAACUUUCCGUCAUGAAAGUUCCAUCGACCGAUAAGGCUGCAUUAAGGAGCCAAAUUGAAGAACUUAAGCUCUUCAAGAUGCAGACUCACCCCCAUGUAGCUGAUGUGGAUAUCCUUAAUCAACACAUGACUGCACUGAAUGACCUUUCACCUGUAGCAGCAGAAUACCUCGUGAAGCCUGUCAGUGACAUUAACGAACAAUGGAACGAACUAAUUAAAGGAAUUGCUGAUCGAGAGGAAGAACAGUCCAAUUUAAAUGAGACCCAAGUAAAAGUUGGAGAAAUUGAUCAUGCCAUUGAGAAUGUGCUGGGAAGUUUGACUGGCAUAAAGACAGACAUUGACACCUUGGACGAGGUGAUCGGUGACCCCAAAUGUAUUGAAACCCAGCUGAAAAAGCUUCAGCUGAUCCAAGACGAUGUAAAGAACCAAAGCUUAACAACUUCCAAGUUAAAGAAUGCUGUUGAUAAUUUGAUCUCAAGAUCUGGUGAUGCUGAUUCCCCUCUUCAGCACAAGACAAAUCAGGUUUCUAAAUUGUUAAGAGAAGUUGAAAUCAAAACUAAAGAUCAAGAAAACAAACUUCAAGAAACCCUUCGUUAUGUAAAGAAAUUCUCUGGUGACGUUGACGAUAUGCUUCAUUGGAUUACGGAUCUUCGGAUGGAACUGAAGUCUCAACCCCCGUUUGGGGCUCUUCCAGAAACAGCCAGGGGACAACUGGAUAACUUCAUCAAACGAUGUGAAGAACUUGAAAUCAAAGAAGAUUGUGUCAAAUCUCUGCAAAUAAAUGGUCAAGACAUGAUGGAUCGAUGCCAACCAGAAAACAUUUUCCAACUCAGUGAAAAACUGAAGAAGUUACGAGAAAGAUGGUACGAAACGAAGAACAGAACUCUGAGACGAAGAGACAAAAUGAAAGAACAUCUGCAACAUGUUGAAGAAUUCCACACAACUUUAAAGAAAUUCUCUGAUUGGUUGAACUCGGCUGAAACGUUGAUGCGAGGUUUUAAGUUCCCCAGUAAAAUCGUGGAGAAAGUUUGUGAACAAAUAAAAGAACAUGCUGACUUCAAGAAAGAUGUUCAGUCAUACACAGAGUGGAUGCAGAAGUUGGACCGCACCGGUACCUACUUGAAAUAUUUUGGUAGAAAGCAAGACACUAUUUACAUCAAAAACCUUUUGGUGGGCAUAAGGCUGCGAUGGAAAAAGCUCUUGAGAAGAACUGACGAGAGGGAACGCCUCUUGCAACAAUCCUACCACGAAGACAGACGGUUUGAAGAAUCGUGGAAGGAUCUUUGCGAUUGGCUAGAUUCUAGUGAAGAUAUGUUAACCUCAUUCCUUACGCCGCAAUUGCAAGCUGCUUCUAUGACACAAGUCGGCAAAAUGAAAGACGAAAUGGAUGAACUGAAGCCAAAACCAGUGGAUAUGGAAACCCGUAUAAGCCAAUUGCUCCAUGUCAAGCUCUUUCAACACCAACUGGCGGCUAAACAUUCCUUGUACUAUUCCACCACAAGACUUGGCCGUAAUCUUAAAGACCGCUGCACCAAAAGCGAUCAAGAUCGAGAUAUUCUUCAAGCAAUGUUGGACCAACUGAAAAACAAGUGGAACCUUGUUCGAUCUGUUGUCUCUAAAAGCCAGAACAAACUAGAUGAAGCCCUGCUGACGUCUGGCCGCGUCUCUGAUGCCCUAAAUUCACUGCAGGAAUGGCUGAGUAAAGCGGAAGCGAUGCUGUCUAAAGACGAAUGCAUUCUUGGAGAUUACGACACUGUAAAUCUAUUAAUAGAACAACAUAAGUCAGUGCAACAAGAACUGGAAGCUCGGGAACAAACUUUGGAAGCCUUGAAGUCUGCUGGAAGCAUCCCUGAACAACACAUUGAGGAUCUGGUAUUUCUAUGGAAACGGAUUAAUUUAUUGAGUGAAAGUCGAGAGGCUCGUUUAAAGGAGGCAUUAACUUUGGCUGAUGAAUUCCAAGAUGUUGUCCAAGUGAUGAGAGAAUUUCUUCCAACUGUAGAAUCUGAGUUAAAAUUCCGACCCCUACCUGAUGAUGAACUUUCCAUAAUUCAUUUGAUCGAACGACACGAAAAAUUCCAAGAACGUCUUCGUAAUCACCAAGACACAGUUGACAAAAUCAAGGUCCUCGCUGAAAGAAUUUUAAAACACUGUCACCCAAAUGCUGUGAGAUUUGUCAAAUAUUACCUUACAAUCACUCAAACACGGUGGGAUCAAUUGAUACAGCGAUCCCAUUCCAGAGCCCAACGACUGCAGGAUGCAUUGAAGAGUAUUCAGGGAAACGCUGCUUUAUUAGAAGAAUUACUGGCCUGGUUGACCGAUUGCCAAGUGUUACUGGCAACGAAAGAGAAAGACCCGAUUCCAGAGGACAUUCAAGUUGUAGAGACCCUAUUAAAAGAGCACCAGGAUCUUCAUGAAGAAAUCACAAGUAAAAAUGCCGAUGCUGAUCGACUGACCAAAAUAGUGACAAGUGAAUCAAAAUUAUCUCAAGGACGGCAUUAUGGAAGUAAUUGGAGAUUAAAUGAAAUCGAUGGCCACAAUCCACGAGUUAUUGCUCUGCAGAAUAAAUGGAGAACGGUGUGGCGUAUGUCUGUAGACCGCAAGAAGAAAUUACAGGAUGCGUUGGAAACUUUGAUGGAGCUUGAAAGUUUUAAGAACUUUGAUUUUGACCUUUGGCGUCAACGAUAUCUGAGCUGGAUUCAAGAAAAGAAACUUCGCAUCACAGACUUCUUCAGGCGGCAGGACAAAGACUGCGAUGGAGCUUUAACUCGUAAAGAAUUUGUAGAAGGAAUGAUCCAAACCAAAUUCCCAACCAACAAAACAGAACUUAAUGCUGUAUUCGAUAUUUUCGACCCAAACCACACUGGAAAAAUUGUCUACAGAAACUUUAUUGCUGCCUUGAAACCAGACAGACAUAAACAAGCUCGUCUGAAGACAGGUAAACGCCAAGCUACAGAUUCUGAGAUGAUUCAUGAUGAAGUAGAACGUCAGAUCUCUCAGUGCCAAUGCCGACAUCAGUUCAAAGCAGAAAGAAUUCAAGAUGGACAAUACAGAUUUGGUGAGAAUCUGAAAUUGAAGUUGGUCCGCUUCCUUAACAGUUGUGUGAUGGUGAGAGUUGGUGGAGGUUGGGUUACGCUUGAUGAAUUCUUGGAAACCAACGAUCCUUGCCGAGCGAAAAACCGAACCAACACAGAACUCCGAGAGCAAUUUGUGCUGGCAGACGGAGUGUCGCAGACCAGAGCAGCUUUCCGGUCUAAAACUCCUGAUCCGACAAUGUAUAAAAAGCGAGGAUCCGAUGCAGCCGGCAGUUAUGGUUCUCCAUCGUUAAGACGUUCUAAAGUGGGUUCGUCUAUGAUUAAUCUGUCAGCUGCUGGUAACAACUCUCCCUAUGACCAUUCCGAUGUUGGCUCCAAUGGAAACCUGAGUCGCAGCAAACGGCUGAGUACUUCGUCCCAUAAUCUGUCCACCACUAAGUCUUCCCGGACGCCAAAGUCUCCUGGAUUACAAACAGGAAAUUCUCGGCCAAAGACUCCAACGAUGAAUAGCAGUAACUCGAAACUGUCGACACCAGGAACCACACCGGUCCGACCCAGCAGUACGACACCAGCCAGACCCAACAGUACGACACCAAACACAUCCCGAAGUACAACACCAGUUGCACAGAGGAUGGGUGCACAACGGCGCCUGCCAUCCACACCAAAGUCUUCAACCCCAAAGACCCCUCUUCGUCCCAGAACCCCAACGGCACACAGAUAACACCUAAAAAAACAGUAACAUGUGAAAGGUUUUGUGUUUUACCAACUCAUUUGGACAUGAAGAUGUAAUUAGUAAAGAUAUUUUAUACACCCAGCUCAUAUCUGAAAUGGUUGCUGUAAAUACUGUUUUAUAUAUACACAUGUAUAUAUAUGUAUAUGAAAUAGGAUGUACUAGAGAGAUGUCUUGUUUCAUUGAAAUAUUACACACAUUCUAUCACAUAUAUGUAUAUAUAUACACACACACACACAUAUACAUACAAGUUGUUUGAUCCUAAGGUCAUUCAGUGCUGUGCCAAUUUAGCAGAACUUCUGCAAUUCACACUCCAGACAUUUCUCACAGACAUUCUCUCGCAAUUUCCAUAUUUCCAAUGUUUUAACCAAUUCAGAGCAUUAGUAGUCGUUAGUGCAACAAUUUAAUUCAACGAAUUAAUCAAUACAAAUAAUUAGUACAAAGACAGAGAUUUUUUAAAAAUGAUAAUCACAUGAAAUAUUAUUCCUUAGGGUGGUGGGUUAGAGCUAUGAUGAGCUAAAUGCUGCAUAUUGGGCUAUACCAGUCAUAUACUGAGGUGAUGGAAUUAAGUAUUAAGGCACUAUGGUUUUAAGAAGUGAAAUAUAAAUGGUCUUACUGUGAUUGCUUUUUACUUUAAAGAUUUUCAGUUCAAAUCACGCAAGAUCAACUUUGCCUUUCAUCCUUCCAAGGAUAAAUACCUGUGAAAUGCUGGGGUUGAUCCUAUCAAUUGUGACCCUUUCCUUACAAUUUUAAGCUUAGUGCCACUGUGAGAAAUAAUAAUAAUUAUUAUUCAUCUUGUAUUUUUGGUAGAUUUAUGGCAGUGUAGAAUUAAAGAUUCCACAUUUCAUCUUUU